UGCAUGGGCACAUUCUUAGUGUUCUCUAUUUAGUGUUGUAUCUUUAUAGUCUAUAUCUGCAAAGGUGAUAUCACUUUAGUUUUGAUUAGAUUAGGAAUCCCUGGAACAACACUUGUACACAGAUACAUCACCUAUGCAGUUAUAAAUCUCUGCAAAAGAAAAGGUUUUCAUGCUUUCAGAUACAUGCAUGCACAAAGUUAAAUAAUAGUGGUCAAGCAAUUAGAGGGGAAAUAAACCCCGCAACAUUUGUGGAGAAAAUAGUGUUAAAAUGGAUGGUGGUAUGGAAAAAAAAACAUUCGCCACUAUCUCAUCAUCCUUGUGAUAAGUGUGAGAGAAAAGAACAGAUAAGUGAGGUACAAUAAGGUAAGAAGUCUCCACCCUUUUUCUUGUUCAUGGCCCAAUCAGAUCAGAUUAUAGAUGUGUUAUGCCAAGGAUCUUCCCGGUCAUAUAUUUAAGAAUUAGCAAGAGAUAAGAAGACAGAAACUAAAAGAGACCAAGGAGUGAAUGGACAGGAGAAGACAAGAAGACGUAGCUCAGACUGAAGCAGGGAUGAAGUAUUCUACAGCUCCUCAGACAAAACCACUGUUAGAUAUGGAGGUGGCCAACUACUGCGAAGGCCUGGAUCCAUCAUACAGCACACUGGGCUUUGAGAGUGCAGAGGUACUCUAUGGAGGAGACAGCAUGCCAACAGAACCAAGUCACCCAGGUCCAGAUGGGCUGAGCAGCAACUGUGCAAUAUGUGGAGACAAAGCUACAGGGAAACACUACGGAGCUUCCAGUUGUGACGGCUGCAAAGGCUUCUUCAGACGCUCCAUUCGCAAGAGCCACGUGUACACCUGCAGGUUCAGCAGACAGUGCGUCGUUGAUAAAGACAAGAGGAACCAGUGUCGCUUCUGCAGACUCAACAAAUGCUUCAGAGCUGGCAUGAAGAAAGAAGCUGUGCAGAAUGAAAGAGACCGGAUCAGCUCCCGGAGAGUUACCCCGGACUCCCAAGACCUUCCACCCAUCACUAUCCUGGCACAAGCAGAAUCAUUAUCCCAACAGAUCACAACUCCGGUGGGACUUGCCGACAUAACGGAGAUGAAGUCGGCCUCUGUAGGGGAUAUAUGUGAUUCUAUGAGGCAGCAGCUGUUGGUACUGGUUGAAUGGGCCAAAUACAUUCCAGCCUUUGGAGAGCUGCCGCUGGAUGAUCAGGUGAGCUUGCUCAGGGCUCACGCAGGUGAACACCUCUUGCUCGGGGUCGCCAGAAGGUCAAUGACAUUCAAGGACUUCCUGCUUUUAGGUAAUGGCUGUGUGAUCCCCAGGAACAGCCCUGAACCUGAGAUCUGCCGGGUUGCCAACAGAGUCCUGGAUGAGCUGGUUCAGCCCUUCCAGGAUAUUCAGAUAGAUGACCAGGAGUAUGCAGCUCUCAAGGCGAUUGUCUUCUUUGACCCAGAUGCAAAAUCUUUGCGUGAACCUUCAAAAAUUAAAGCUGUGCGUCUGCAGGUUCAGAUGAGUCUUGAGGACUACAUUAAUGACCGUCAGUACGACUCAAGAGGGCGUUUUGGAGAGCUUUUGCUCCUGUUGCCCACCCUGCAGAGCAUCACAUGGCAGAUGAUUGAACAGCUUCAGUUCACCAAGCUCUGUGGCCUUGCCAAGAUAGACAACCUGCUGCAGGAGAUGCUGCUGGGAGGUCUAACAUCAGAACCCGUCCACCUUCAUCACUCAGCACACACCCAGCUAGCCCAGGAUCCCGUGACUGGACACACACUCGUUAUCAGCACAAUGCCUGUUGGCCACAUUCCACAAAUGGCAUCACCAGACACGCCCAUCCCAUCGCCGCCGCAGGUUCCCGCCACAGAAAUGUACAAACACUUUCCUCAGCCCCACUGUCCUCCCUCCAGUCCCUCCCCGUCCACUCGGGCAGAACCCUGACCUCUUCCUGCCCAACAGACUCUCUCCCUUGAUCACAUUCUUUUGCCUCUAUUUUGUUAAAGCAAGAAAUAAAAGUAUGAUGACGCAAUGCUCAUUUGACCCAAAAACCCAACAAAACCUGUUUCCUUCGGACUCCGAUUUUUAAACCUGUGGGAGCGACGCAGCUGUCCUCAGGCUGAAACCACUUCUUUUAUAACAUCAUCAGACUGACUUUUCUUUUUUACCACUGGUUAUUCUAGUAGAUGAUAGCUCCAGUGCCUUUCAUCUAAACCAUGUGCCAGAAACAAAUACAGAUGGUGGUGGGACCUGGAGUUUGCUCUGCAACAGUCUUUAAAAAGCUCUGCUGCAUGUUAAAGACCAGAGAUGAAUGUUUGCAGUACAAGAUGGCACGGGGAAAUCACGAAGGGAAGCAAAAAGAAUCACCGUCAUGUUCACAUUGAUGGUUUCUUUCAUUUUUGAACUUUGGGGGUUCACAAAUGUGUUGAUACACCAUUGAUAUACAAUUUUAGCCGCACCUGGUUUGCAUUUGCACACGCAGCUACUUACUAAAUGUCCAAAUGUCUAUUUAGUAGGAAACAAAAUUACUAUCAAAAUAAAGUCCCAGAUCACUAUUUCUGUUUUUUUUUUGUAUAGUAUCUUAAUUGUCAUGUGCAACUUUUUGCUGAUGCACAUUUUAAAGUUCAACUUUGUUUUGAAAAUAAUGAUUUUUUUGGUAUAAAAUGUGAUUGCAUUUUAUUUUUCCAGUCCCAAAACUGAUUUUAUGUUUUAAUCAAUAAAAAAAGAGAAACAUGUAAAUAUAAAAACAAUUAAUAUUAGAUUUUUUUUGCAAAAAGCUGAAUUUCAAUACUCUAUUUUGUAUAUACCUGGUAUUUUGUAUAAAACAGCUGUAGGACCAGAUCAUUUAUUUUGUGUUAUAAAUGUUUAUUUAUCUGGAUUUUAUGUUGAAGAUGAUCAAAUAUGACUUGAAAAAUAUCAUGUCUAAAUUUAAUACUGAGCCGUAAGUGUGUACAAAAUGGUUUACUCACAUCAUUUGUGUUCUAGCAGCUAAAUAUUAUUAUUAGAAACUACAUCAAUAAUGAUAAUAAUGAUAAUAAUAAUAAUGCAUACACACUUUAUACACCUUACAAAAUUUACUAGAAUAAAAAUAUGACAGGAGUCUUAUGAGAAUUGGAUAAAAAAUCUAAUUAAAAAUGUAACAAAUUGAAUAUUUUGUAAUAUUUAACUGAAAUCUAAACUUUUUUUUUCAUUUUUUCUAACUGUUUUUUAUGUCCUUGAUAUUUGUGUCAGUGGAGUGUACACAUCUUAAUUUAAGCAUUGACAAUAGAACUUGAAUCGGAAAAGGGUAGAAGGCCUUCUCCGGGUCAUGGAUGAGGUCCUGCCUCAAGCGGAGGAGUUUAAGUAUCUCAGGGUCAAGUUCACGAGUGAGGGAAAGAUGGAGCAGGGCGUCGAUAGGCGGAUUGGUGCUGCGUCUGCAGUGAUGCGGGCGUUGUACCAGUCUGUCGUGGUGAAAAGAGAGCUGAGUCAGAAGGCAAAGCUCUCGAUUUACCGCUCGAUCUACGUUCCUACCCUCACCUAUGGUCACGAGCUUUGGGUAGUGACCGAAAGAACGAGAUCUCAAAUACAAAAGGCUGAAAUGAGUUUUCUCCGCAGGGUGGCUGGGCUCUCCCUUAGAGAUAGGGUGAGAAGCUCAGCCAUCCGGGAGGGGCUCGGAGUAGAUCAGCUGCUCCUCCACAUCGAGAGGAACCAGUUGAGGUGGCCCGGACAUCUGGUCAGGAUGCCUCCUGGACGCCUCCCUGGUGAGGUUUUCUGGACACGUCCAACUGGGAGGAGACCCAAGGGAAGACCCAGGACACGCUGGAGGGACUAUGUCUCUCACCUGGCCAGGGAACGCCUCGGGAUUCCACAAGGCAAGCUGGCCCAAAUGGCAGGGGAGAGGGAAGCCUGGGCCUUUCUACGUAGACUACUUCCCUAGUGACUCAACUCCGGAUAAACGUAUGAAAAUGGAUGAAUGGCCUACAACCAUCUCAGCACGGCAUGGACACUGAUCAGCCAUAACAUUAUGACCAUCGCUCUAAACUCAUCACCUCGAAGGUGUUUUCAGAGAUUGUAAAGUUGGAUCUUGUUGAAUAGAUGUCAUCAGAACACUCCAGGAUGGCAUCUAGUUAGUCUGAAGGCCAAACAAGCACCUUCACUUCCUUUGUUGCUGCACCUUGAGACAAUUAGGUUUGAGAGAUCUGUUGUUGUCUUUGGUCUGAAAUGAGUGCAGCUCCUGAAAAGAAGAACAACUACUGCUGUCAUGCAGAUUUGUUUAAGGCAGGUCAUAUCAAAAUAACAAUAACCUGAAUAUUAGAAUGAACUGUCAUGACAAUAAAGCAACCUUUCCGUGGCCACAA